UUCCUUUUGAAACCAUCUCCGAGAGUUUGGUCCAAGAUGGCGUCAACGCAGUUAACGGAUGAGGAGCUUUUCUCCGAAUUAAAGCGCUUUGGUUUCACUCCAGGGCCGGUUACCGAAAACACUCGCCCGGUUUAUCUGAAGAAAUUGAAGAAGCUUCGCGAGGAGCAACAGCAGCGAGGUUCCAGAGCCGGUAAAACCCGUAACAGCGGGGCCAUCCACAGCAGCAGCGGUGGAGGCAACACGGCGGGAUCCAGGCCAGCCAGCCAUGACGUCACGCACCUGAGCUCCAGCAGGAGACCGGGCAGGAAGUCCUCCGUCCUGGGCUUCAGUUCCGACGAGUCUGACGCUGAAACUCCACUGAAAAGAAAAGGCCUCAAUCAAAGCAGAAGGGCAGACAGGAGCCCUGGGUUUCCACAACAUCCGAUGAUAAGGCCGACAACACCGAGUGUAGCUACCAAGAGUCAGUAUGGCGCUACGCUAAAUAGCAACAAUUCUUCCCCGGGUCCGGGCAGACAGAGGGGAGUCUUGCUGGGCUGGGGAGUCCGGGCCAGAUCGAGCCCUGAGGCGGAAGGGCGGGAUUACGACGAAUCGGGGGACGACGAUGAUAAUGAGGGGGAAAAAGAGAAAAACUCUCGCUCUUUAAAUGGCUGUGGGGCGUCUCACUUAAACACUAGCAAGCUAGCUGGGGAUUACUCAGACUCGGACGAGGAGGAGGUUGGGGGCCCUGGUGUCGGAGACCAGCAGCGGGAGAGGUUGGAGCCUAACGUGAGACGGAGCCACACCAAAGCGGAGUUUGCUUACCACGUAGUGGGCCGAGGGUCCCAGACAGGAGGGGCAGCCAGACAGGUUAACCCGCCUGAGGGUUUAAAUAUGGUCGGGAACCGGAGGGAGGAGGGGGAGGGAGGCGAGGGGAAGAGAAGGGAUUCAGACACGCCGGGAGGCUUGCGGAGCCACACCGUUUCUCCCAGGAAGACCAUAUACGUGUCCCUCGCCGAGAACCAUGGAGGAGAGACCGGCAAAAACAACCACGUCGACGGGGAGGACGGAGCUUACAGAAGCAGUAGGUUCGCCAUUGGGUUGAGACCGCGCUUCUCCAACUACAGCAGUCUGUCCCAGACCUACAGGAGCAACCACUCCAACCACACUGCUCCCAACCACUCAUACAGCCAAGCGAUGCUGAAGCAGAAGCUGUCUGUGCCGGAGGAUGAGCUGCUCCAGCAGUUUAAGAGGGAGGAGGUGGCCUCCUCUGGAAGCUUUAGUGCUCACUACCUGUCCAUGUUCCUGCUCACAGCAGCCUGCCUCUUCUUUCUGCUGCUGGGCCUCAUGUACCUCAGGAUGAGGGGCUCUGGGUCCUCGGAGGUGGAUGAAGUCAUUAAGAGCCACCCUUUUGGCAGCCAGUUUGACGAGUUGUAUAACAAGACGGAGAAGGACCUGAUCCUCAAGCUGCUGCUCAACCUGCAUGACCACCUGGCCCAAGUCGCUGGUCAGUAUGACUGUGGAGACCAGCAGCAUCUAAACCGGAGUCUGUCCAUGGCCGAGGCAGCUACGUAUCUCCGGGCUCAGAAUCAGGAGUUCGAUGGCUUCAUUGAGACCUCUCUGGAGUGGAUCAUCCGGACAGGCCAGGAUGUUGGGAUCAGGCUGACGGGGCAGGUCGCUGACGAUCCUCUGACUGAUGUGUCUGAGAUCUCUCGGCUGGAGUCCUCGCAUCCCAAGAUGCCCUUCACAUGCCGCUUCCGCCGAGCCUUCCUCACCGUCAUCAGCAGAGUCUCCCUCAUUGCAGUCGUGGUGGGCUGUGUGUGGAGCGUGGUGUGCUACAUGAGGUACCGCUGGAGGAGAGAGGAGGAGGAGACCCGGCAGAUGUACGACAUGGUGGAGAGGAUCAUCGAUGUGUUGAGAAGCCACAGUGAUUCUUGCCAAGAGAAUCAGGACCUGCAGCCGUACCUGCCCAUCCCCCACGUCAGAGACUCCCUGGUUCAGCCUCAGGACCGAAAGAAAAUGAAGAAGAUUUGGGAGCGGGCUGAGAAGUUCCUCGCAGCCAACGAGUCCAGGAUUCGGAAAGAGACUCAGAGGAUCGGGGGAGCCGACUUCCUGGUCUGGAGGUGGAUCCAGCCGUCUCUCAGUUGUGACAAGACCAUGAACUCUAAAGUCUGGCAGGGAAAAGCUUUCCCUCUGGACCGGAGAAAUUCCCCUCCCAACAGCCUGACUCCAUGUCUAAAGAUCAGAAACAUGUUUGACCCGAUCAUGGAGGUUGGGGAGAACUGGGAUCUAGCCAUCCACGAGGCCAUCCUGGAGAAGUGCAACGACAACGACGGUAUCGUCCACAUCGCUGUUGACAAGAACUCCAGAGAGGGCUGCGUCUACGUCAAGUGUCUUUCUGCAGAGCACUCAGGGAGAGCCUUCAAGGCACUUCACGGCUCCUGGUUUGAUGGUAAGCUGGUGACUGUGAAGUAUCUGCGUUUGGACCGAUACCACCAGCGCUUCCCGCAGGCCCAGGGCUGCAGCACGCCUCUGAAGGCCUCCAGCCUCCACCUGAACACCACAGGCACCAUGAACACUAUGCCGCGCCUGCAUCACCGCGGCGCCGCCAACUCUUCAGGCUUCUCAUGAGAAACAGCAUUUGAUAUAACCGAUCUCCUCUGUGCCCUCCCAGCAUGACAGCACCAGUCUGCUGCUACUCCUUCACUGCUUUUUAAACGGGGAAGACUCCAGUCUGUUGUCUCGGGAGAGCUUUUUUUUUUUUUUUCCCAUCAUGGGAUCGCAAGAGAAGUUCAGUGCAGUGUUUGUUUUUCAAUAAUCUUUGUAUUAAAAUGUCAUGAAUUCAACUAAGGAAGCAAAGUUCUUCUGGGAUAUUUAAGAUGUGUGCAGAGACUCCAACCCUCCCUCCUUCUCUUCCACAGUCUAACUGACGUCAUGAUGGAGUUCAUUUGGAAAUGGCUGCAUGUAUGUAAGCUUUCAGUAACAGCACAGUGUGGGUGUUGUGUUCUCGAUGAUGUUCCCUGUUAUUAUUCUGAUUAUUAUUAUUAUUAUUAUUUAGUCAAGCGAGAAAGGCAUGGACAGACUUGUAGAGGCUGUGCUGUAAAUACAUGUGAAUGCUGGUGCAAGCUUUAUUACAUCCUCUGUAUUAAAAGCAAACCAUAAGCUCAAAUUUCUCUUGCUGCUCACAUCUGUAUCCAGAGGCUACAGCAGCACCCAUAGCAGAGCGGGGGUAACUGUGGCGAUGCUGACUCAGCCUCUGUGUUGUAUUCCAUGUAUGGCCUUUUUCUCUUCCCUUUUGUCUUUGAUUUUGUUUAAGCAUCCAACUUUUGAGUGCUGUGACAUAAUCAGGGAGUGUUAACAGUCACCUGAAGCUUUCUUCUCCAGAUAUAAUCCAAUAUAUUCCCAAAUUAUUCUUGUUUUUUUUUAAUUAUGUUUAUUAUUUACCUCUUUCAAGUUGGGUCAUUUUCACUGUUAGUGUGUCCCCUUGUAUUUCCAAACCUGUUCUGAGCAAGUGCUGUCAUCUCUGCGUGUAAGUGUGUGUGUGUGGGUGUGUGUGUGAGCGACAGACAGACAGACAGACCAGAGGAGCACAGGAUGUUUCAUGUCCAGUUUACAAUCUGCUCGUCAAGUGAGACGGAUGUUUUUUUGUUCAUGAUAAAACCUGAUGCUGUCACUUCUUCUUUGAUCAAAUCAGCCAUAUUGUAAUGAUGCUACCACUCUCUUAUCAGGAGUACUGUGAGGAUGUCGACACCUUUUAAUCCCUAAUAUUCCACCCCCCCUGUAAGGAGACUGUACUGAAUUACGGAUUCCUGGUUGCUUGUGUGUUCUUACAGCACCUGUGUAUUCAGAAAAGUUGACAGACAGAUGUAAUUUUUUUUUAAAUGCAGUGUAUUGAAAGUUGGAUUCAGUGUUUGCAGUGUGAAAUUGUACAAAUGCACAUUUCAAAUGUUCAAAAACAACCCAACUGUGCCUUAAAUUUGUGCUUUUUAAAAAAAAGAUAAAGACUGGCACUGCAUUGCUGGAGAAUGUACUGGAUUUAAGAAAUGAUUAAACUGUUUAAAGGGUGAGUAAGGCCUGCCAUAGAUGUAAUUUUGGUAGAGUUUGACAUCUUCAGAUUUUGGUAUUUUGUAGCAGUUUACUUUGAUAUUAAACCAAAUGCUUCUCUCUAUUUAUUAUUAUUUUUUUAAAUCAGCUGUGGUGAUGUACUAUUUUAAUGUCACUAGACCAGUUACACACGUGUCAUAACUUUUCUUUCGAGGGUCGACCUUACAUCCACUUCCAAACAAUUGUCAGGAUGUGUAAAAUGACAAAAUAAAGUGAACACUUUCUGAAAUAA